ACGGAACGGGGUUGUUUUCGUCGCCUUUAUUCCUUGCCCUUCGCUCCCGCUCAGUUUCUUCUGGAUCCCAAUCCCUCGUCUCCCAAAUCAAUCUCUCUUCGCUUCUCGAUUUCUUUGAUCUGUUUCGGAAAAAGCUUCGAUCUUGGGAAUUGAUGACGGCGGUUUUGAGUAAGUGCGGUGUAAUCUCGCCGUUUGGGCACCGUUCAGUGGCCCCUUCUUGGGAGAAGAGGAGCCCUUCUUUUGUUGGGUUUCCUCUCUCUUCCUCCUGGACGAUCGAGUCUCUGAUGCCUUCUUCUCGGAAUAGCUGUUUCCAUGGGAGGAGAUUGAUUUCUGGGGCUUGGAGGGGGAAGGCCGUGAAGGGGAAGUUUAGUUCUUCCCCCGUACAGAUGAGCCUCUGCUUCGGAAAGGCUUUGAAAUGGUGGGAGAAGAAGCUCCAGCCCAACAUGAAGGAGAUCGAAUCAGCCCAGGAUCUCGUGGACUCUUUUUUGAACGCAGGAGACAAGCUUGUCAUAGUAGAUUUCUUCUCCCCUGGUUGUGGAGGCUGCAAAGCCCUCCAUGCAAAGAUUUGCCAGUUUGCAGAUCUGAGCCCAGAUGUUCUCUUCCUCCAAGUAAACUAUGAAAAGCACAAAUCCAUGUGUUAUAGCUUAAAUGUCCACGUUCUUCCCUUCUUUAGGUUUUACAGGGGAGCACACGGUCGUCUUUGUAGCUUCAGCUGCACCAAUGCAACUAUUAAGAAAUUUAAAGAUGCAUUGGCCAAACACACCACUGAGAGAUGCAGCCUGGGCCCAACAAAGGGGCUGGAGGAAUCAGAGCUCAUGGCUUUGGCUGCAAACAAGGAUCUCUCUUUCAAUUUCAUAAGAAAGCCAGUUCCUGUUCUCGGCGCAAUACUUCCGGUGUCUUCAACUCCGAGAGUCAUCCAAGAUUCUGAGGACAAGGCUCUGGUCGCAGCUGGGGGAUGAGGUGAUAAUUUUUGAAACCUUAUCUCCCUGUUUCUCCCUUCUUCCUUUCUUUUGUACAGUUCCCUUCUUGGUUGCCGUCUAUAGUUGUACUCCUGGGUUUCUUCUCGCUAGAAUAUUUUUUUUUUUCUGGAGAGUGGACGUCUGGAUAUAUGACACUUGUAAAAAUAGUUUUUAUAUAUUUAGUUGAUUAUGGUAGAGUGAUAUAUUGCAAAAUA